AUACAAAUCUAUCAAACAAUUAUAUUUUUUUUAAAUCAAUAAUGAACCCAAAACUCUCGUAUACGCUCAUAACUUUACAAGACCAAACUUUACCAAAACCUCCAUUUUUUUCAAAUCCACCGAACAAUUUCAAGACACAAGAAUCCAUCGUAGAUGCAUCUUUUACUUGAUGUCAUUGUUGUUAGAAGAAACUGUCUUGGGGCAAGACACGAAAAAACAAAGAAAACGCCAAUCUCUUUCGUGGAGUGACUGGAUUCUGGAAGCCAACCAAACCAAACCAACCGGAGAAGAAGACAACCCGAUUAGAAAAAUCAAGGUCAACACACACAACGCCAGCGCGGGGGCUCCUGAACCGGUCAACAAACCCGAACACGGUUUACACCAUUUCCCCAAAUACGACCUUUCCUAUGUGGCAGCUUCCACUAACCGCCAGGUCGGAUCUAUAAACCACCCCGCGCCAAACUACAAAAAAACCAUCCCACUCGUCCCCCUGACCUUCACCACGUAUCCCCUUUCCGCAAAAUUCCAUUUCAAUUCCGCCUCUCUCUUCCGCCUCCUCCUUAACCGCCGUCGCCGGCCGAGAAACUGCUGCUACCACCGCUCUCGCCGUCGCAGGAAAACCCCAAAAGAGAGAAGAAAUUUGGGGGAAAGAAAGAAAGAAAGGGCAGCGAUAAAUCGGAGUUAGUGGGUCCCGGCGUAAUUUUGAAAUUUCCAACCGCUGUAGUUCAGGACCAGUCGAAGGAAGCGGUUCCUCUUUAAAGGGGGGAUUCUCUGCUCAUCUCUUUUUUUCUCUCCGCCCAUUUGUGCUUUCUCUCGCUCUGAAGGAUUCCGAUAAUUCCCUGCCCUUCUGGGUGUACGGAAAAAAGGAGGAAACAAAGGAAAAAACCGACUUCAAUUGUUCACAAGCCGGAGAUGGGUUUAGGUUCCAUCUUCUCGUUUCAGAGACUCCGUGGCAUCUUUCAGAAUCAGGAGCAGGGAGAGCAGCAGCAGGGGAGAAGGAUGAGGGAGGUUGAUCUUGGAGCCCACACAAUCAAGAGCCAUGGAGGCAGAGUUGCUAAGAACCACAAAUACGAUUGGCUCAUCUUGGUGGUGCUUGGUGUGAUGGAAGUCAUCUUGUUUAUCAUCCAUCCCUUCUAUCGCUUCGUCGGGAAGGACAUGAUGGAGGACCUCAGAUACCCGUUUAAGGACAACACAGUCCCUACUUGGUCCGUCCCGCUAUAUGCAGUGUUGCUGCCAAUUGUGGUAUUCAUCUGCUUCUAUUAUCGGAGGAGAUGCGUCUAUGAUCUUCACAAUGCCAUUUUAGGCCUCUUGUUCUCCGUGUUGGUUACUGGUGUGCUAACUGAUGCCAUCAAAGCUGCAGUGGGGAGGCCGAGGCCCGACUUCUUUUGGCGCUGCUUCCCUGAUGGCAAGGAUCUGUAUGAUCGAUUAGGAGAUGUGAUAUGCAAUGGCAAAGCAAGUGACAUAAAGGAAGGACAUAAGAGCUUCCCCAGUGGCCACGCUUCCUGGUCAUUUGCUGGAUUAGGCUUUCUGUCUCUGUAUUUGAGUGGGAAGAUCAGAGUGUUUGAUAGGGAAGGUCAUGUUGCGAAGCUGUGCAUCGUGAUCCUCCCUCUGCUUGCUGCAUCUCUCGUGGCGAUUUCUCGGGUUAACGAUUACUGGCACCAUUGGCAGGAUGUGUUUGCUGGAUCUCUCUUAGGGCUCGUGGUUGCAACCUUCUGCUACAGACAAUUCUUCCCAGCCCCUUAUCACGAUGAAGGAUGGGGACCGUAUGCAUAUUUUCGGGCGCUGGAGGAGCAGUCACGUUCUGGUGCUGAUCCAAACGCAGUCCAUGGGAGCAAUGUUCAAGCUAUGGAAGCUCAGCAUCAACAAGUUGUUAGGCCAAAUGGGGAGCUUCAGUUUACAUCACUAGAUCUUGAAUCUGGACCAAGAUAGAGAACCUUUUAAUGGGUAGCUGUGAAUUUACUUCGUUUAUUUGAUUUAUUCGUGUAGAUGGGUUAAAAUGGUGGUAGUAGUAGCAGCAGCAGUAGUAUUUCAGUGGUGGGAGUAAGCUUUUGGGGAAUCAUUUUGGGGGUGUUAUGGAAUUAUAAGUCCACGUUUAUAUAUGCAAGUCUUACUGUUUAUAUAUUGAUUUUCCAGAAACUUUUGAGGAUUCCAGAAUUCAACAUGAGAUUCAACAAUCUCUACGUUAUCAUAUUCUCUGGCGCGUGUUGGAUCAUUUGUCAAAAGAUUAGUGCUUUCCCGGGAAGUUUCCCUCUGUCUCUGACGAGCAAAGAGAACGUUUUAAUGAAUGGGGUUGUCACGCCGGCGGCGUGCCAUUGGUUGUACCUGGUUCAACCUGUAUCGGUCAUAAAACCGGCGUGACACCACCGGUAUGACCGGCAUGAUCGAUAUACGAAUCUCUAAGUAAAAUAAUCUUAUUUUAGUGACUUUAAUUGUUAAAAAUUAUUUUAUUAUUUAUUUUAUGAGUAUAAAUGUUAAAUAUUGAU